UGAAGCUGCAGGGAAAAUGGUGGAUGAAGAAACUUCCAGAAGCCAAGUAAUUCAUGAUAGGAAUCGAUCCAAAAAUAAUCCGGAGAGCAAUGUCCGAUCGUAAUGGAAUUAUACUGAGCGUGAUCGUAUUAUAGAGCCCAGGAUACAACACUUGUGGUCAUUAUACAUCUAUAUGUUCACACCAGAACAACCAUGCUGCGCUAUAUCCUCCUCCUGACCGCAGCGUCCAUACUGUCUGCUGCCCCAGAGGACUUCAUGGAUCAGUGCAUAGAUGGCAAACACCACAAGACUGAGCCAGGACCUGAAGAUGGCAUACAUGGUCAGUGUAAACCGUGGGUGCAGAAGGCCUGUUGUACCGCGAACACUUCCCAAGCUGCUCACGAGGACGUCUCCUUCCUCUACAACUUUAAUUGGAAUCACUGCGGCAUCAUGUCCCCUCAGUGCAAGAAUCAUUUCAUUCAGGACACGUGUUUCUAUGAAUGUUCCCCAAAUCUGGGCCCCUGGAUUGAAAAGGUGGACCAGUCCUGGAGGAAGGAGCGUAUCCUAGAUGUGCCCCUGUGUAAGGAGGACUGUGAGAGCUGGUACAACGACUGCAGCAAUGACUACACCUGCAUGGACAACUGGCACGUUGGCUGGAACUGGACUAAUGGAAUGAAUAAGUGUCCGACUGGGAAGUCCUGCCAGAAGUGGAGCGACGUGUUCCCGUCCGCCAAGGAUUUCUGCGAGAAGGUCUGGAGCAAUUCCUACAAGUAUACCAGUUACACCAGGGACAGUGGGCGCUGUAUGCAGCUUUGGUUUGAAAACGGCGACGUCACCCCCAAUGUCAAUGUGGCCCAAUACUACGCCAAACUGAAGGGCUCCGCCCACAAUCCUCGCCAGGGGCUGCUGAUAGUCGUGGCAUCGCUCCUCAUGCUAUGGGCGGUGUAAAAUGUCAGAACCAAAACCCCUCCUCGGUAAUAGAGGUGACCCAUUACAUGUACCAUUCAGGAACUGACCACUGCUGCCGCCCUGCUGGUGAAGCCCUGGUACUGCUGCUGUAAUCAGAGAUUCUGAUGUGAAUUGUGUCCAUGUCUUACACAGAAAUGUACCAAAUUGUUUGUACUGACUUCUGAUUAUUAAAGGGCCACACCCCCUAAUAAAAUGGAGUCUGGAGAAGGAAGGCGGGCGAAAUGUGCUCAUAUACAAUGGAUCCGCAGGGGUGGGGCUUAGGAGGAGGGGGAGGGUCAGCCGCCAUGGGGUAGAAUCCCAUGACCCAGCUGUUCUUUAAACUUCUGACAUGUUCAAAAAUUGCAAUUGGUAGGAGUCUGAUUACUGGGACCCUCACCGAUCGCUAGAACCAAAAGACCAAAAGUGCUCCAUCUUCCUUGGAAAGCCAAACUGAUUGGCUACUGACGCCAUGACAGUCUCUAGGAUACUGUCGUGGUGUCCGUACUUUUGGGGAGAGUUAUGAAAACCUCUGCAGAGGAAAAGUUGCUGA